CAGCUCUCGAGACACACACGAUGUCCAACACUACUCUCAAAGAAGUGCUUUACGAGAAUCUGUUGGCCAUUACUUCGGCCGACAAAGACAUCAGAACUAAUGGCGAACAACAGCUCAAACUCUUGGAGACCAGCGAUGAGUUUGGACUUCACUUAAUAGAGAUAGCGUUGAGUGAAUCGAUUAGUCUACCGGUGAGGCAGUUGUCAACAGUGCUUCUCAGACAAUACAUCGACAGCCACUGGUCUGUGAACAGCACUAAACACAUUCCUCCGGUUGUGCCCAACCAUAUCAAAGCCAUAAUCCGGGAUCUGUUACUCAAGUCUCUCAACUCGACUCUAAGCCAAAUGUCUGACGACAAGAAGUUGCGGUCGUCGUUGGCGUACGCGGUCUCUACGAUAGCUCAUUACGAUUGGCCCGAAGAGUGGCCACAAUUGGGUGACGUUCUCAUCGCAUACCUAUCAUCGGGCGAUAGGAUAGCGGUUUACAGUGCGAUGAAAGUGUUUGUUGAGCUCAGCCACGAAGUGGUGGACUUCCAGAUCCCAUCGAUCGCUCCAUUAUUGCUACCAAAGAUGUAUGAGAUCUUUGUCUCAUCUAAAGAGUUCUCGUUGAGAACGAGGGGACGAGCGGUUCAGAUCUUCACCACCAUUGCUGAGACAAUCGCACAGAUGAAUGAUUUGGACAAAAAUGCCAUUCGUUUGUAUUUAGAGCCAGUUUUGCCAAAAUUCACGGAAGCGUUGGUCAGUGCGUUAGUUCUGCCCGAAGGCAGUCCUGAAGUAGAUCUCGGCGUCAAGAAAGACAUCAUCAAUUCGUUGUCCAUUUUGUUGAGAAAUUGUAGAAAACAAAUGCAGAAAUGGAUGCCACAGAUCUUAGAGCCCGUUUGGCACAGUCUGACCACUGCUGCCAACAUUUACGUGAAGACAAUCGCGAACGUGAACUCAUACGACUACGACAGCGAACACGAGGCCUUCGCUCAAGUGGUCGAGUCUGACGGAGAAGUGCUCGGCUUCGAGAGUCUUGUGUUCGCUAUUUUCGAUUUCGUUAGUGUUGUGAUCGAAAGCCCGAAGUUUCGAAAACUGGUCAAACCGGUGAUGACUGAACUCUUGUAUUACGUGAUCGUUUAUAUGCAGAUAACGGACGAACAGUCGACCACUUGGAUCGACAAUCCGGACCAGUUUGUCGAAGACGAAGACGACGACUCUUAUUCCUAUUCCAUUCGCAUUUCAGCCUUAGAUCUCAUCCUAUCUAUCGCUCAAGAAUUCAAUGACAGUUUGUCGUCGAAAAAGUUGGAAGAAUUUAAACUAUCGUUUGUUAACGCAAUUAAAAGACAUUACAACGAAUCGACUGAACUCUCGAAACAACAGACGCCUUAUGCAAGCAAUUGGUGGAAAAUACAGGAAUCAUGUCUUCUGGCUCUGGGAUCCAUUGCUCCCACUAUUAUAGAGACCAUUCAAAGCGAUUCUCAAUUGUCUUACGAAUUCAAAGUGAUUUUAGACGGAGUUUUUAGAAACCCAACAAAUGUCUCGCCUUUCCUCACCGGACGCUCCCUUUGGACGGCCUCUCGAUUCGCGGAGAUAAUGAACGGCGAGUCCUUGGAUUCAUUCCUUCAGUCGACUACUAGUGGACUGAUGGCUGAGUCGCCUGUGAUUCGUAUAGCGGCAGCGAAGGCAACGUUUGUUUUCUGCGAUCACAUCAAGUCCUCAAACAAAACAGCUCUCAUUAAACCAUAUUUGGGGCCAAUGUUUGACGGCUUGCUCUCAAUAGGCAUCCGAUACAGUACUGAAGUGUUAUCAGUAGUGAUGGAAACGCUUUGUAUUCUUAUAUCGAUAGACAAGGAGUUCACAGCGAGUAUUGAGAACAAGAUCUCUCCGCUGGCAAUCGCCACGUUUCUCAAGUGCUCUUCCGAUACACUACUCAUUGGUUGCGCUCAAGACGUGUUGGCAGAGCUCUGCAAGAAUGACAAAUGUAUUUUACCGCUACAGCAACGACUGGUUCCCACACUUGUCUCUAUACUACAGCCCUCGCAAAUGGUAGAGUCGGUGAUGGCAUUACAGCCGACAUCACUCGACAUUUUGGCCACAAUUGUUAGAAAUUCUCCGCUCCCGCUGUCGGACGCGUUGAUGGGAAGGGCUUUUCCCGCAGCCAUCGCUUGUGUGCUGAACAACGCGGACGACACGGCGACCCUCCAGAAUGGGGGCGAAUGUAUUCGCGCGUAUGUCGUCAAGUCUGUGGAACAGGUGUUUGCCGUCAAAAUCGAGUCCUCCAAUCAAAACGGAAUUUCUCUCGUUUUACAAGUCUGUCACCAUCUGCUGGACCCGCGAAAGAACGAGUCGUGCUCUACAUUUGUGGGCCGUUUGAUCACAAUUCUGAUCACUCGCGCCAAUCAAUACAUCGGUCGGGAAAACUCGCACUUAUUAUUGCGCGCAGUAUUAGUGAAGCUAAGCAUCUCUGAGAUGUUAUCUGUAGUGCAGAGUCUAAUACUAGUUUUCGCUCAUUUAAUAUACUAUGAUUUGCCGGCAAUUCUCGACUUCCUGUCAUCACUGCCGGCGCCGACUGGCGCUCAAUCGGCGCUCGAAUUUGUUUUAAUAAAUUGGUUGAAUAGACAGCACCUGUUCUUUGGCUGUUAUGAGAACAAAGUGUCAAUACUAGCGCUUUGCAAACUAUUACAGCACUCAAUACUACACCAAACGCAAGACUCUAACCUUAAUCUCAAUCACAUCACAGUUCCCGGAGAUGUGAUCACAAACGGCGAGAACUCUCCGGGCAUUAAAACGCGGUCCAAGAGUGCGGCCAAUCCUGUCCAGUGGUCAACAGUUCCGUGUUCUGUCAAAAUACUCAAACUAUUAUUGGCUGAACUCAAGAACAUCGAAGAGUCCAAAGAGAUUCAGACGGAGAGCGGCGACGAAGACGAUGAGGACGACGACGACGACGAGCUGAGUGGCAGCUUCACCGAUAGCUUCAAGACGGGAGAGGCGACGGCGAAGUUAAACUCAACUGAUAUCGGAAUCAUAGACGAGGGUUGGGCUGAAGGCGACGGCGACAUCAAUGAAGACGAUGUUCUCAAUGAAGAGAUAGGAAAACUGAAUUUAGAGGAAUACUUGAACGGAGUUUUGCGCGAAUUCAAGAGUUUGCCCUUUUUGAACGAUUUUGCCGCACAUCUCACUGAUAACGAGAAAAUUAUUUUAACCAAAAUCUAAAACCACUCCUUAUUGUAAACAACAAUUACCUGUUUUGUAGUCAAUUC